AUGGGAUCAUCACAUGGACCAUGGGACCAUCACAUGGACCAUAUGGGAUCAUCACAUGGACCAUGGGACCAUCACAUGGACCAUGGGACCAUCACAUGGACCAUGGGACCAUCACAUGGACCAUGGGACCAUCACAUGGACCAUGGGACCAUCACAUGGACCAUAUGGGACCAUCACAUGGACCAUAUGGGACCAUCACAUGGACCAUAUGGGACCAUCACAUGGACCAUAUGGGACCAUCACAUGGACCAUAUGGGACCAUCACAUGGACCAUAUGGGACCAUCACAUGGACCAUAUGGGACCAUCACAUGGACCAUAUGGGACCAUCACAUGGACCAUAUGGGACCAUCACAUGGACCAUAUGGGACCAUCACAUGGACCAUAUGGGACCAUCACAUGGACCAUAUGGGACCAUCACAUGGACCAUAUGGGACCAUCACAUGGACCAUAUGGGACCAUCACAUGGACCAUAUGGGACCAUCACAUGGACCAUAUGGGACCAUCACAUGGACCAUAUGGGACCAUCACAUGGACCAUAUGGGACCAUCACAUGGACCAUAUGGGACCAUCACAUGGACCAUAUGGGACCAUCACAUGGACCAUAUGGGACCAUCACAUGGACCAUAUGGGACCAUCACAUGGACCAUAUGGGACCAUCACAUGGACCAUAUGGGACCAUCACAUGGACCAUAUGGGACCAUCACAUGGACCAUAUGGGACCAUCACAUGGACCAUAUGGGACCAUCACAUGGACCAUAUGGGACCAUCACAUGGACCAUAUGGGACCAUCACAUGGACCAUAUGGGACCAUCACAUGGACCAUAUGGGACCAUCACAUGGACCAUAUGGGACCAUCACAUGGACCAUAUGGGACCAUCACAUGGACCAUAUGGGACCAUCACAUGGACCAUAUGGGACCAUCACAUGGACCAUAUGGGACCAUCACAUGGACCAUAUGGGACCAUCACAUGGACCAUAUGGGACCAUCACAUGGACCAUAUGGGACCAUCACAUGGACCAUAUGGGACCAUCACAUGGACCAUAUGGGACCAUCACAUGGACCAUAUGGGACCAUCACAUGGACCAUAUGGAACCAUCACAUGGACCAUAUGGGACCAUCACAUGGACCAUAUGGGACCAUCACAUGGACCAUAUGGGACCAUCACAUGGACCAUAUGGGACCAUCACAUGGACCAUAUGGGACCAUCACAUGGACCAUAUGGGACCAUCACAUGGGCCAUGAGAAGGCCACGUGGGACGAGGAUGGGACCACCAAUGGCCUUGCCAUGGGCUAG